AUGAAUAACCAAAAUACCAAGUUCCCAAAAUUAGAACCUAAGGUUCCGUUAGCUAAUAACCUCUAUUCAUUAAAUUUACAAUUCUCUAGGGACUGUGUCCUUCCUGCUAGACCAACUAGUACCAGAAAAGGUGGAUCGAUUAAUAAGGUGGCACAGGAAUCACAGAAAUUAUCCAAAGAUAAAAGUAAAAUGGAAACUCUAACCUCACCAGAAAGUGAUAAAAAUGAUGAUAUUGAUGACACUGAAUUAAAGAGAAAAAGAAAGUUGAAUAGAGAAGCGCAAAGAGCAUUUAGGGAAAGGAAAAGUUUGAGGAUGGAGCAGCUUAAAGAUACAAUCGAAAGAUUACAAGAUAGUAUAGAUAUGUGGGAGAAAAAGUUUAAAAAGUGUCAAGGUGAAUUAAGAAGGUUAAGAAAAGAAAAUCUUAAUUUUAAAAAGGAACAUAUUGCUUUAAAAAGUUCAUUAGAAGAGUUGAAAACAAUUAAAACAAAGGAAGGUUUUACUGGUGUUCUAGGGUUACCGAAGACACAUGAUCCACUUAUAGGAGAUUUAAUAAAUAAUUUUAAACCAAUGGAUGCAAUCUCAUUAAAAAAUAAAAAUAAGGAAACUUAUUCAAAAAGAGCAAAUGACAGGAAACCCUCAACUUUAAAUUCAUUAAAAUCUAGAGAAAAAGUGUCUUUGUCAGUUCCUAGAUGUGGGUUGUGUACAGAUGAAAGUUUUUGUGUUUGCUCGCAGCUAUCAGACCCUGUUGUAGCUCGGACCAAUAAUGAAAGGAAGCAAACUACAAUAGAUGCUACGCCUGCAGCUGACACUUUGUCUAAGCUUACCUGUUCCUCUAAUCCUGCUUCAUGUUCGAAAUGUGCAGAUAUUGAUAGGUCAUGCAUUGGGACAAACUCAAAUGGCGUAGGUGAGGCACCGAACUUACCUGAACCAGUCUCUGAAAGCAAAGAUAAUGGGCAUGUAAAAGACACAAGAGAACUUGUACAGGAUUGCAAGGAUCUCGAUUAUAUAGAGAUACAACUUUCAUAUAUGCCUAAAAAGAAAAAAGGUUUUGAAAGUUGUCAUGGUAUAUAUUAA